GGUGCGUUUUGCAUCCCAAGUGGUUUGGAGUGGAGCCAGUGGUGACUCAUAGUGGGGCUGGCAGCCAAGGGGCAGAGCAGGAAACGAGCAGCCUCCCUCCUCUGAGGGAGAGCGGGUUGUAGCGGGGACUGGGGUGGCUGCCUGCACCCCGCCUGCCCCACGACUCGGCAGGAUCCCAGUUGCGGUGCUGGGGUCCCCGAGGCCACCUCCUGGGGGGGGUUAAAACAGCCCGUUAGCUGGGGUGGGGAACCUGCAGUUCGCAUCCCAAACGGCACGAGACCGCCGGCUGCCUGUCUGACCCCUGGGCAACCCCAGCAUAACUCACCCUGUGCCGCUCCCGUGGGACCAUGGACACCGGCAGCAGCGGGGCCAGAAAAGUCCCGGAGGAUGAUGGUGGCAGCAGGAAGGGGAGCACAGACGGCGAUGCUGCGAGUGGGAACCCCUACGCCGGGCUGGUGAGGCGCCUGCGAGCAACCUGGCUCUCAGGGAAGACGCGGCCCAUGGAAUAUCGUGUGGCACAGCUGGAGGCCCUGGGCCGCUUCUUGGAUGAGAAGAAGCAGGACAUCCUGGAGGCCACCGCCUCCGACAUGGGCAAGCCGCCCUUCGAAGCUGAAUUCACCGAGAUCCUCCUCUGCAAGAACGAGCUCCAUGAGACACUGAACAACUUGUCCCACUGGAUGAAGGACAAGCACGUGGACAAGAAUCUGGUGACGCAGCUGGACUCGGCCUUCAUCCGCAAGGACCCGUAUGGGGUGGUGCUCAUCAUCGCGCCCUGGAACUACCCCAUCUACCUUCUCCUGGUGCCCCUCAUCGGGGCCAUCGCUGCUGGUAACUGUGUCAUUGUCAAACCCUCAGAGAUGACCAAGAACUCAGAGAGACUUGUGGCUGAAGUGCUGCCCAGCUACCUGGACAAUGACUGCUUUGCCGUGGUGACGGCCGGCGUGCAGGAGACCACUAUGCUGCUGGAGAACAAGUUUGACUACAUCUUCUUCACCGGCAGCUCCUCUGUGGGGAGGAUUGUGAUGGCAGCUGCUGCCAAGCACCUGACGCCGGUGACACUGGAGCUGGGGGGCAAGAACCCCUGUUACGUGUCUGACACCUGCGACGUGCAGAACGUGGCCCAGCGGGUGGCCUGGGGUCGCUUCUACAAUGCGGGACAGACCUGCAUCGCACCCGACUACGUGCUGUGCAGUGUGGAGAUGCAGAAGAAGCUGCUGCCUGCUCUGGAUAAGGCUAUCACUGAUUUUUAUGGCCCCAAGCCUCAGGAAUCCCCUGAUUUUGGCCGCAUUGUCGGGGACAAGCACUUCCAGCGGGUGCAGACGCUGCUGCGCAGUGGGCGUGCGGUCAUCGGAGGACAGACGGAUGAGAAGGAGCGUUACAUCGCUCCCACGGUGCUGGUGGAUGUGCAGCCCUCUGAUCCGAUCAUGCAGGAGGAGAUCUUCGGCCCCAUCCUGCCCAUUGUCACUGUAGCCAACAUGGACAAAGCCAUUGACUUCAUUAAUAGCCAUGAGCGGCCGCUGGUUGUGUACGCCUUCUCCUCCAAUGACAAGGUGGUGAAACAGGUGCUGGAGCGUACAAGCAGCGGUGGCUUCUGCGGUAAUGACACCCUGAUGCACGUGACCUUGACCUCGCUGCCCUUUGGUGGGAUCGGAAACAGCGGUUUGGGGAUGCAGCACGGCAAAUUCACCUUCGACACCUUCACCCACCACCGCGGCUGCCUGCACCGCGGCAUGGGCCGGGAGGCCCUCAACGCCCUGCGCUACCCGCCCUACAGCCAGCAGAAGCUGGGGCUCGUCCGCGCCGCCUCCGAGGUGAAGCGCAAGGGCAGCUGCAUCCUGCUCUGAGGAGCCGCUGCCAUGCUGCCUCCUGCUGCCGGGAGCGGCGGUCCUGGGGGGCCAGGGGCAAUAAAAGGUAUUUCCUUGAAACCGAUGACCUCCCGCUGCUCGCCACCGAGCGCCGCGCCGCUGCGCUAAGCAUCCA